AUGGACACAUAUGGCGACGCGGGCCAUGUCCUGCUGACCACGGUGCGAUGGUUCACGGAGAAACCUCUGAUCUACCUUCUUCAUGCCAAAGCGUCUGCCUCCACAUCCACUCAGUGGCCCGUCACCUACCAGUACAUUCCGACGAAGACAACGCUCGUCGACGACGUUACCACCGUGCUUAUCAUCAGCACACCGACCACUGCGCUCGCAGCCGAGCCUGAGUUUCGCGUGAAGCUUGCGCAGCUUGAGCAGCAAUACCACGAGCUACGAAGUAAGAAGACAGACCUCGAAUGGAGUUACGAGUACAUCCAGAGUGAUCUGUCCGACUGCCAAUACCUUAGGGAGUAUUGGGCGCAGCAAUAUUGGGAUGUUUUACCUGAGAACAUGAAGAUCAAGUUGCAAUGUGACAAGUACGACGAGCAACGAUGUGAGCUUCGGGGCAAAGCUUUCGUGCUUCGUGACAAGCUCAAUGCUGCUCUCACAGACGUUGGUACGCUGGAUCGUCCAAUCCUCGAGCUGAAAGACACAAUCCAACAGCUCACAAGCUACACUACGGAUGUUGAUAACCAGGCGAAUGCGGUGACCCAAGUCUAUGCGACCCAGCUCGUUGCGCUUCGGUUCCAGAUUAAGCAGCUCACCUCACGCAACUCGAAGCCGGAGCUUGCAAACAGCAGCUGGCGCACGUUCACAGAAGGCAACCAGAGCAAGAAGGAGUUUGAUGAUCUUACCUUGCGUCUACGAGAGCGUAGCAGGCAAGUGAGAGAGAUGCAAGAGCGAGCUGCAGCACUUGAGCACUGCAUCAUGAAUUGGCCGACAACCAUCACGGAUGACUCUUCCCAGCUCAAAAUGGAUGAGCUUCAGACGCAAUUGGAGAACCAGCAGAAAGCCAUCGAGUCACUGAAGCAGCAAGUUUCGACUAGGCCUCGAGGUGUUAAGGCCUACAACGAAUGUCGGGAUAGGUGUAACGUCCAUUCGGAGAACCUAAAGAAGAAUUAUGGUCUGCACUACCCGGUCAUGCUGGAGAAAAUCGAAUUGGCACAUCGGCAUCUUAACUUUGUCCCUGGCACCAUCAGCCACAGCGACUUUGAUCGUCCUGCCAACAAGGCUUCGUGCUAUACCACAGAGGACUACGAGCCUUACGACACCGACGGCUUGUUUGCCACGCAAUCACUAAAGCCUGUUGUCCGUGUGCCUAAUAGUACCUCCGUGCAGAAAGUGGCCGAUGCCGCACCGCCCUCCCACGCUAUUGUGUAUCCGGCCACAAGGUGGACAGCCUUCGGUCAGAAGCGGAAAGAUGACCAGGCUAAGAAGCGUGGUGAAGCAGGUCCGAAUGAGGCGAAUGAAGACCCCGAGGCUGUCGAGCCGAAUUGGCAUGGGACCCUUCCGGCUCUCAACGAUCUUGCGGAUGUAACAUCACAGCAGCCCGCCGAUGGUGCGGCACAAGCACAUGAGGAUCACGCAGAACCUCCAGAUAGUAAGAACAAGAAUGUCGCUCUGCCAGGUCCAAUCAACCUUACAGACACAGCCGUCCCCACUCUAGAACCGCUCCCGACGCCGACAGAAGAUGCUACCCUUCCGAUCUUGAGGCCACAAGCCAACGCCUUCACACCAGCACAUCGGAUGCCUGUACUUGUGCCGAAGAAGGCUGCGGGCUUGGAAGCAUCAAUGUGGGCCUCAGCCGAUGAUGGUCCUUGUGCUGGUCAUAGUGGUGCAUCAGCAUUCAAUCAGAAACAUAGCGCUGGCAGUGGUGGAGGUACAGAGGACUCCGGUACGUUGUAG